AUGGGUAAGAAGCGAGCGCGCGAAGAGGGCAAGGAUGUCCCGCAGGCUGAUAUCGACAAAAUGGACGAGGACGGUUCUGAUGACGAGGACUUCGAUAUGGUUGACGUUGAUUUUGAGUGGUUCAACUUUGACCCCGAGGUCGAUUUCCACGGCACCAAGACCCUCUUGCGGCAACUAUUCGAUGUUGAUGCGAAUCUCUUCAACAUGUCUGCCCUCGCCGAUCUCGUUCUCUCACAACCAACCAUUGGUUCUACCAUCAAGGUUGAUGGAAAGGCCACUGAUGCCUACGCCAUGCUCACUAUUCUCAACACGGCUGUCCACCAAGAAAAGGAGCCCAUGAACGAUAUUAUCAAAUACCUGAUCGAGAAGGCGCAGAGUAGCUCACCACUGACACCCAUUGCCGACGUCCUCAAAAGUGGAAAGCACGUGGGACUUGUAUUCUCUGAACGCCUCAUUAACAUGCCUUCUGAGCUGGCCCCACCACUAUAUUCAAUGCUUAUCGAUGAGGUUGAGGCUGCUGUAGAGGACAAAGAACCCUACGAUUUCACUCACUACUUGAUACUGUCCAAGACAUACCAGGAACUCGAGUCUAAGUUGGAUGUUGAGAAUCAGAAGCGCAAAAAGGCAAAGGAGGAGGCCGGCAUUUAUUAUUUCCACAUGGAAGACGAGGUGCUACAAAAACACGCGGUAGCGCACGGCAAUUUCAAUUACACAAAAGAGGACGAGUCGGCGGCAGACAGUAAACGGGCAUUCCAAGAAAUGGGCGUCAAGGCGCACGGGCACAUGAUUCUUAUCGAGGCGAACAAGUUCCCAGGGGCGGUCAAAGCUGUUAAUGAAUAUCUCAGUGCGGCGCAAUAG